UGACCAUUGACCAAGGCAAGCGACACCCAUGAACCGCUUCGCCACGGUCUUAUACCCCUCGCUGCCAGCGUCGGACGGGCCGACAACAAACGUCACGCCCAUCGAGUCGGCGCGCGCCGUGUCCCCCGUCGAGCCGUCGCCGCAGCUCCCGACGCCGCUGUCAACAAGAUCGCUGUACGACGACCCGCGGACGACACGCUAUGUACCCCCAUCGCCGUUACCAGGCGACGACCGUGCAUCUGCGCUGCGGCGAGACGACUCGCCCGGCGCCAGAAGCGGCGCGUCGACGCCGACCAACCGGAUCCGCCGUGGACCGGACCGCAGCCUCCGCAUCAACCUCAUGCAGGUGGCCGCGUCACAGCCCAAGUCCAAGGGCCGGAGACCACCCAGUGUCGCCGCGAGUGGCCGGCUGACGAGCUUGGCGCGCGGCCCAGGGAUGCGCUACGUCGUUGGAGGCGGACAAUACCUCCGCGUUCUCGAGAUUACUGAUCCACAAACUGGGCCAAAGAGUGAUAUUGCUGAGGAACCAAAGCCUUCGACCAUCCGCCAAGCAGGAUCCCCGUUCGCCCGCGGCCCCGGCGGAUCGACCAUCAGCGAGAUUGUUAAUCUCUGGAAGGGGUCAUGGGCUAUUGGAAAGGGUGUCAACGAUGUGGACUGGGGUGUGGGAGCGUUCGAGACCAAGGUCGUAACGGCAACACCUAGCGGCAACUUCAUGGUCUUUGAUAUCAAUCGCGGCAAGCUUGACCGCGAGGUUCUGGGUGGACACCCUCGCCCCAUGAACGCAAUUACGUUCUGCAAGUCGCAGCAGUACUCGCACCUCGUGCUCACGGGCGGGACAGAGGGACAGGCGCGGCUCUGGGAUCUGCGCGACAACGAGCCGACAAAUAGAAAGUACUACAAGCAUAAUGCGCCGAUCAGCGCCUUGACAUUCUGCCCUGACGACCCGCACCUCUUCGUCGCCGGCACCGAGGCAGGCGGACUCUUCCGCUACGACUACCGCGUGCCUAACAAGGCUGUGGGUAAGAUCUGGGGAGCGCACGGCUCCAAGCCCGUGUUCGACUUGAAGUGGAAGACGAACGGGGAGGGCCAUGUGCCAACGGGUCAAGGGUGGCUAGCGAGUGCGGGUGGUGACAGGACGGUCCAGAUAUGGGACAUGUCGCACUCGUGGGAGAAGGGAGCCACCCCAACACAUGCCCUGCAUACAGCGUACCAGAUCCGAUGCGUCGACUGGCGACCUCAGCACCCUACCGAGCUUGUAGUGGUGCCUUUCAACCAACCUCUAGCAUCGGCGUCGGCCGAGUCUCCGAGCAUCUCAACAACACCAACACCCAUGUCCAUCCCCCUAUCUGACGACAUUGACUCGUCACUGGAGGUCUGGGAUGUUCGCCGACACUACGUCGCAAAGUAUGCGCUUCCAGGGUACGACGGGAACGCCGUCGCUGCAAUCUGGGACGACGACAACUCGAUCGUCGCAUGCUACCAGAAUGGUGGUCUCGUGCAGAUCGACCUGGAGAGCCGCGUGUCGCCAAGGACGAUCCCGCUGGAGACAAUCCCCCGCCAGGUCGUCGCUUGGAGUGUGAAGAACGAGCUGGCGUACGCGAUUGACCGUUUCAAGCUCGGUGAAGUACCGUUUGACGAUGUGCGGCCAGAGUUCUCGGGCCACUGGCAAGUGGGCCGUCCCCAGCACCGUAAGGGGGUCGCAGACCCGCCAUAUGAACCACUCCAGGCGUCAGGUACCAUCCCACUGGACGACGGCCGGGAUAGAGAGUUCCAAUACCUGGCCGAUCAAUACCGCUUGGAAGGCGAGCCGGAGGCAGCGUGCAAGUGGAACAGAGAGGUUGCCAAAAUCUGUGGCAAGGAGGACGAGGCCCGCCUCUGGGACUUUCUACAAGGCCUCAUUGAGGAGUUUUCAUCGGCUCCAGAAGGUAUCUUCAACGAGGCUGUGUUCUCUCAGACGACGACGGCUCCGGUCCCCGUUCCAGUAGUCAACCCUCCCUCCCCACGACGAAUGGACAGCAGGCGUGCUUCAGACUAUGCGGGCAUCUCACUCGAGGAGGGCGAAGGUAUUGUGGCCUCGGAUAAGGGUUCCGACACAGAAAGCAGUUCGUCCUCGUCAAUGUCUUCCGGACCACAUACCCCGAAGAAAUCCCGUUUCAAGGCGUUCGUCCCACCAACAGUAGUGGGCAAGUCGCAGCCGCCUCCGGUCAGGCCGAUCCUUGGUGGCCGUAGCGAGUCGUCAGCCACCGCAGUACCGACCUUGGGGGCAUCCUACCCGAGCCUCCUUUCGCGAUCAAUGACAAAGAGGUUAACAAUCGAGACACCGAGCGAGUCGGACACGCCAAAUGGCGGGGAGAUGGACUACCCCGAUCCCUAUGGCAUUGCAGCCGCCCUCGAGUCAACCAUGAACAACCGGGCGUCGACGAGUGGGGGUGGCCGGUUGACGUCAAAGUCGACGCCGCAGAGUACUCGUCCUCCAUCACCGUCGGAGAAGGAUCGAGUACCCGAUCGUGUGGUUCCCGUGCGGCUUUCAAGCGCCGCAGUAUCUGUGGUUAACAGUGCCCGCCCAUCCGUCGUCGCUGUCACCAAAGAUCGCAUCCAGCCGGGAACGAUCACGCGCCUGGCUCAAGGAUCUUUCCCGUCUACCGAGUGGGAGUUGUAUCGGGAGAAGCGCUGCACGGCUCUGCUUGACUGGUGGCGUUCUUACGUGGAGGAUGGCGAGGCACAGCUGGCUACCACCGUGUUCGUUGUCGGGUCGAUCGUUGUCGAUUUCCCACAGAAACAGGCGCAGCGUGUACUAGAGGCGUACCUCGAACUCCUCGAAAGGCACAGACUGGCAGUCCCUGCCGCAUACAUUCGCCGCUUUGCGGGUAUCCUCGAAGAACAAACGAUUGCUGCUCAGGAGGGCAUCACCCACAUCCUGUACUGUGCCAAAUGUGGCAAGUCAACAGGGUCACUCGAGGACACGGGCGACAAGAAGCGGUUCUGGUGGUGCACACGCUGUCGACGGGGCGCACAAAAGUGCUCGGUUUGCCACGAGUCUGUGAAAGGACUCUGGAUGGCAUGUAACAAAUGUCACCACGGAGGGCAUACAAUGUGUAUGCGCAAGUACUACCUGGAGACCGAGACGACACCACAGCACACAGGCCGUGCGAGGUCAACGACGCCACCACUGCCGAGACAUUCUCUUCUCAUCCAGAGUGCUUCUCAGGAGUCGGGCCUGACGCGCAAGUCGUCCGACCUGUCCCACGGCCAUGAGAGCGACGCCACCAUUGAUGGGCUGCCUGGCGUGUUCACCAACACGUGCCCCACGGGCCGAUAG